AUGACCAUGCACGCGAGAGCGUAUGCCUGUCUCGCCCUCUGCGGCGUUGUCGUGGCCUCGAAUGUGCCCAUACUGCCCCGGCAGACGACGGCGGCCCCAUCGACGACGACGGCGGCCCCUGCGCCUCAGGUCACCGCCAUCACCGGCUGCCACUUGAACGGAGCUUCCAUUUUCUGCUUCGGCCAAGGCCUCGAGUAUCGGAUCAAGUCGACGGUAACGCAAACGACCAGCGUUCCCGCCAGCUUUACGGGCUGCCACAACCACGGCGCAGAGAUGUUUUGCGUCGAUGCCGCCGACGAGGAUGUCGCCGUCGAGCCCGUCACCCCCGAGCCCGUCUCCGGCGGCCAUGCUGGCCAUGACCACGAAGGAGAGGACGCCGGAGCGACGGCCGAGCACGGCCACUGCCACUACCACGCCGGCGUUGAACACUGCGAGCCCGAUGGCAAGAGCGAGAGUGCCUCGGUAAAGUGCGACGCCGUCCAUCGCGAUUACGACGUCGGCCUGCGUGUCGGCCUCUUGUUUGCCAUCCUCGCCACGAGUGCACUCGGCGUCUUCGGUCCCAUCCUGAUGAACAAGCUCCUGCCGAGGAAGCUGGGCCUCAUCUUCUUGGUGCUCAAGCAGUUCGGCACCGGAAUCAUCAUCUCCACCGCCUUCGUACACCUCUACACGCACGCCUCCCUCAUGUUCGGCAACAAGUGCAUCGGCAACCUGGGCUACGAGUCGGUCGCCUCGGCCAUCGUCAUGGCCGGCCUGUUUCUCUCCUUCGUCAUCGAGUACGGAGGCCACCGCAUCGUCCUCGCCAAGGCCAGGUCGGCCGAGACCCUGUCGCCCGAGACCAAGGCCAAGGCCAUACUGUCGACCGAGGUCGUCUCCAUCCUCGUCAUGGAGGCCGGCAUCCUCUUCCACUCGCUGCUCAUCGGCCUCACCCUCGUCGUCGCCGCCGACUCCUUCAUCCUCACCCUCUUCGUCGUCAUCCUCUUCCACCAAAUGUUCGAGGGCCUCGCUCUCGGCACUCGAAUCGCCACCAUCGGCACCGGCUCCGCCGCCGACGACGGCGGCGCCGACAACGCUCACGACACGGACAAGUCGACCAGCUCUCCCACCGACGAAGCCCCGAGCGUCUCCAGCUCCGCCGCCCCCCCCGCCGGCCUCUCCAUGAAGAAGAAGCUCGGGCUCGCCUCCCUCUUCGCCUUCAUCACGCCCCUCGGCAUGGCCAUCGGCAUCGGUGUUUUGCAAAAGUUCAACGGCAACGACAGGUCGACCCUCGUCGCCAUCGGAACCCUCGACGCCCUCUCCGCCGGCAUCCUGGUCUGGGUCGGCGUUGUCGAGAUGUGGGCGGCGGAUUGGAUGCUCGGCUCUCACGGCAAGAAGCCCGAGCUCUCCGACGCGACAAUCCUGACCGUCACCCUCGCCGGCUUCGGCCUCGUCGCCGGCAUGGUCCUCAUGAGCUUGCUAGGGAAGUGGGCCUGA